GACCAGAGCAUCAGCUAGACUUCUGACACAGAACCAGACCAGAGGUUCAGCUAGACCUCUGACAUAAAACCAGACUAGAGCAUCAGACACUAGAGCAUCAGACACUAGAGCAUCAGACACUAGAGCAUCAGAGACCAGAACAUCAGAGACUAGAGCAUCAGAGACCAGAACAUCAGAGAACAUCUCAGACAAUACAAUCUUCAGCAUCUCAACCAUCUCUGAACCAUGAAGACCCUGACUGCUCUACUCCUCCUGGGACUGCUCUGCUCCCUCCAUACGACAUCUGCACAGCCUGUCAUGGGGAUUUCAGCAAUGACUGCCAGAGACUGCUGUGUGAAGUUCUCCCAGAAGAGGAUCCCUCUUGGUGCAGUGGUUUCAGUUUCUCGAACCUCUAGUAGCUGCCCUCGCCAAGCACUGGUGUUUACAACAAAGAAAGGGAAUCGAUUUUGUGUCGACCAAUCUCAGGCCUGGGUCCAGAGUCAUGUGACCAAGAUUGAGAGCAGAUCGUUGUCUCUGCCAGGACAACGAUGAUGUCAUCAACCACCGCCACCACAAACUCACUGCAAUAACUGUCAGAUCUGUCAAUAAUUUUUUUUAAAUAUUUUUGUUGUACAUACAGUAAUAUUAUUUCAUUCUUAUUUAUUUACAAUACUGUGAAGUUACUGUGUAUUUUGAAAUUGUUUUGUCAACAAACAAAAAAAAUUCAGCAAUAAAGCUAAAUAAUUUUAA